AUGACUACCCGCACCUUCACUAUCGGCACCCGCAAAUCCAAACUGGCUCUGCUUCAGACAAACCUGGUCCUCGACGCAUUGAAGAAGGAAUUCCCGCAAUAUGAGUAUAAGAUCUUCUCCAAAGAGACAGCUGGUGACCUGAAUACCACUAUCGCACUCCGGGAUUUCACCACCAAGAACCUAUGGACGGAGGAAUUGGAAGAAUUGAUGAUCGACGGGCAGGUCGAUGUUAUCGUGCACUCGCUGAAAGGUUUGAUAAUGUCUCAAUUUCAGCAUAGCUGUUUCAACCCUAAGAAAAGUGCUGACGACGACUUCUUCGAAAUAUCAGAUGUACCCACUACUCUCCCCGCUUCCUGCAAGCUAGGUCCGAGCAUGCCCCGCGAGGAUAGCAGGGAUGUCCUUGUGGUGAAACAAGGUUUGCCUUAUAAGAGUCUGUCCGAGAUCCCCGCUGGGUCCGUAGUUGGAACCUCAUCCAUCCGCCGCACAGCACAAUUAGCCCGGAAAUACCCCCACCUUAAGGUCCAGGAUGUCCGUGGCAAUAUCGGCACUCGCCUAUCAAAGCUAGACGCUGAAGAUAGCCCUUACGCCUGUAUCAUUCUAGCCGCUGCUGGUCUGCUGCGUCUUGAUUUGGCGGAUCGUAUCACCCAAUAUUUGGACUCCAAGAAUAGCGGCAUGCUCUAUGCUGUCGGACAGGGUGCCCUUGGUAUCGAAAUUCGCAAGGAAGACACUAUUCUGCAGGAUAUGUUGGACAGGAUUGGUCAUCAGGAUACCACAUUUUCGGUCUUGGCUGAGCGCAGUCUUUUGCGGACUCUCGAGGGAGGCUGCAGUGCCCCGUUAGGGGUUGAAACCGAAUGGGUCCAAAAUGCGCAGGGUGCUAAGCAGUUGCGAAUGCGGUCUGUUGUUGUCAGUGUCGAUGGGAAGGAAUGUGCUCAGGUAGAACUGGAAGCCGAUGUCACCUCUGCUGAAAGUGCUGAGGCCUUCGGCAUCACCGUAGCCAAGGCCCUGGUAGCUGAUGGCGCUGGAGACAUUCUCGAAGCUAUCCAACGGAACAAGGCCGAGGAGAGCGUUUCUACUGCGGUCUGA